AUGCUUUGCAAAGAAGUGGUGAAAGCGAAAGCACAUUACUCAGUAUACAGUAGUACGUCGCAGUGUGAGGAUGAACAACACCGGACAUGGUUUACAAGGUGAACUUGUUUUAGGUCUCCGCAGAUCCGUCAGAUGGACCUGGGUUCCUCUUUAUUCUCUGUUAUCUGUCUGCUCGGAGCUGCGCUCUGCUCCAACGGCGACAACAUCGGUUGUCCCUGUCCAAACAUUCCUACACUGGCUCUAACUGAACCUCCACUAUAUUCCUGCUACCAAAUUAACAAAACUUACCGCUACAAGUGCAUAGAAGGUUACAAGAGGAAGGUGGGAACUUCAAAUCUCAUCAAAUGCAUGCAAACUGAGGGUGGUUCUGCAAUAUGGUCCAUCCCCACCCUCGAGUGUAUAGUUGACCCAAACAGACCACCUCCACCACAGCCACCAAAGAGCACAGUAACAAAUAUUCCCACUGGCACUACCAUUAUCACUUUAGUCACAGCAUCAGCUUGCCAGCAGAUCAUCCAGAGUAUAAGCACCGCAGCACCUGGUCUACAGGCCCAGACAGAUCACUCACAGGCCCCAAUUAUAGAGACAGAGACGACAGAGACGACGGGGACGACAGGGACGCGCCGGACAACAUCAACCUCAACCACCACUGAGCCUAAAAGCAACAGCACCAUCUCUAUAGUGUUACCACCUGCCCUCCCAGGAAUUGGAAGCACAACAACAGCAGUGAUCGGCUGUGCUUCAUUGGCCUUCGUCUUAGCUUUGAUCGGAAUCAGCCUAUACUGUUAUAAAAGGAAGUCAAGAAACAGAAGGCCACCGGAGCCAACAGAAGAACAGCUAUACUUGAAUGCUGCUCCAAGUUCCAUCAGAGUUUGUCCUACGUGACGUGGCGCUGGCGCAGAGAGAAGCCACGCGGCCUAACUAGUCUAUAUCGCCGCUGUUUCACUGACAAGGAUUUCAGGAUAGUUCCGGUGCCGCUGUGUUGGCAUUCUAAGCUCCGUUUGAUUCAGCAAACAUCCUCCGAGCUAGAACUGACAAAUUAUUUAAAUCUUUUUUUUGUUGAGAGAAAUCCUCAUCAC